AUGGUUUCAGCAUACACCAGCAACGGCUCCGAGGGCGAGACGGAGAAGAUCAACACCAACAUUGUGACGCUCACCCGGUUCUUGACUGAAGAGCAAGUCAAGCACAAGGAGGCCACCGGUGACUUUACGCUCCUCUGCCACGCCCUCCAAUUCUCCUUCAAGUCCAUUGCCUACUACAUCCGCCGCGCCACCCUCGUCAACCUCACCGGCCUCGCCGGCAGCUCCAACACGACAGGCGACGACCAAAAAAAGCUCGACGUCAUCUCCAACGACCUCUUCAUCGAGGCUAUGCGCUCGUCGGGUAAAUGCGCCUUGCUGGUGUCGGAAGAAGAGGAGGAAGUAAUCUACUUUAAAGACGCCAAAGACGCGCGCUACGCCGUAGCCUGCGAUCCAAUCGACGGCUCCUCCAACCUCGACGCUGGUGUUUCCGUCGGGACAAUCUUUGCGAUUCACAAGCUGGCUGAGGGGUCGACGGGAACAAAAGAAGACAUCCUCAAGCCCGGGACGGAGCUUGUCGCGGCGGGGUUCACCAUGUACGGUGCGUCCGCCCAGCUGGUGAUUACGAUGAAGGGGGGGAGCGUGAACGGGUUUACGCUGGAUAACGGGGUGGGGGAGUUCAUCCUGACGCAUCCGGACAUGAGGCUGCCGAAGAAGAGGAGUAUUUACAGUGUGAAUGAGGGGAAUAGUUUGUAUUGGGAGGAUAAUGUGAAGGAGUAUUUUAAUAGUCUGAAGGAGGCGAAGGAGGAGGGGGGGAAGCCGUAUAGUGCCAGGUAUAUCGGGAGCAUGGUGGCGGAUGCGUACAGGACGUUGCUUUAUGGGGGGGUGUUUGCCUACCCGGCGGACAAGAAGAGUCCGAAGGGGAAGUUGAGGAUUUUGUAUGAGUGUGCGCCGAUGGCGAUGGUUUUUGAGAACGCUGGUGGCCAGGCGGUUGACAGCCAGAUGAGGAGAUUGAUGGAGGUGGUGCCGGAGCAUAUUCACGACAAGAGUGGAAUUUUCAUGGGCAGCUGGGAUGAGAUUGAGAAGGUCAAGUCCUUCCACAAGUGAGGGGUAUGACAAGAACAUCAUGACAUGAUUGAAGCGAUGGAAGUCAAGUUUGGGUAUUUCUUUUUUUUUUCUUUCUCAUUUUACUACACAUGCAUUCACCACGAGGUGUUUUUUUUUUCUCUUUUUUUUUUCUUUUUUUUGGUAAUCUUUCAAUGAAUGAAUUCGAUAUCAUGAGAAUGUUCCUUGGUGUUUGAUGUGUAAUGUCUCGUGCUCUUCUGAGAACAUGGAAUCGGACUGGACACCGGCCCCCGCGGUGAAACCGUUCACAAGUGGUGUGUGUGUAUGCAGGUACUAUUUGACCAUCAGAGUCAAUCGCUUGAACCUAAAGCAAAACAACUUCCUGACCGUUAUUUGUCGAUGUUGAGGCUGUCUCCUUCACCACGAAAUAGUUGACACACAAAAAGUAUGUUCACAUGCCUUAAAUAAUAGUUUAUAGGCCUAUGGAACUAUCCUGUAUGGGCAUGUUAACCUACUUUAAGUAUCCUCAAUUAUCU